UUUUCCUCGCUCGCACCUUCCUCUCCCCGGCCUCGUUCAUCUUCUGCGGCCGCCGGCGGCGGGGAUGUGCCGGCGCUGACGGGCGGACGCGAGCGCCUGGCCGAGCCCGCUGCCCGCGGCUGCGCCUCUUGAGCUCUCUAUCAACACCAGCUUAUAUCACUGAGAAGAUAACUUGAAAGACAUAUUUUGCUGAGAAGACAACUGCGAACAGUUGUCCGAAUGGGAUGAACACGCAUCAGUUGACUGACUCUCCGCUGAAGUUUGAGUGCUAACAUUGCUCAUUGGGUACUGUUACCUAGUGAUGCACCUACUCUUACAGUACCCCAUUUCAUUGUGCUUGUCUUGAUUAAAGAAUUCAAAGUGGAGUACCGCAAACUUGAUAUGGAUAAUAAAAAGAAAGACAAGGACAAAUCAGAUGAUAGAAUGGCACGACCCAGUGGUCGAUCAGGGCACAGCACUCGAGGAACUGGGUCAUCUUCAUCUGGAGUUUUAAUGGUUGGACCUAACUUUAGAGUUGGGAAAAAAAUUGGAUGUGGCAAUUUUGGAGAAUUACGAUUAGGGAAAAAUUUAUACACAAAUGAAUAUGUGGCGAUUAAACUGGAGCCCAUGAAAUCCAGAGCACCACAGCUGCAUUUGGAAUACAGAUUCUACAAGCAGUUAGGAUCUGGAGAUGGUAUACCUCAAGUUUACUAUUUUGGCCCUUGUGGUAAAUACAAUGCUAUGGUGCUGGAACUACUGGGACCUAGUUUGGAAGAUUUGUUUGACCUGUGUGAUAGAACAUUUUCUCUUAAAACAGUUCUUAUGAUAGCUAUACAAUUGAUUUCUCGCAUGGAGUAUGUCCACUCAAAGAACUUGAUAUACAGAGAUGUGAAACCUGAGAACUUCUUAAUAGGACGGCCAGGAAACAAAACCCAGCAAGUCAUUCAUAUCAUAGAUUUCGGUUUGGCAAAGGAAUAUAUUGAUCCAGAGACAAAGAAACAUAUACCAUACAGAGAACACAAAAGCCUUACAGGAACAGCUAGAUACAUGAGCAUAAACACACAUUUAGGAAAAGAGCAGAGUAGAAGAGAUGAUUUAGAGGCUUUAGGCCAUAUGUUCAUGUACUUCCUGAGAGGCAGCCUUCCUUGGCAAGGCUUAAAGGCUGACACGUUAAAAGAGAGGUAUCAGAAAAUUGGAGACACAAAACGAGCCACGCCGAUAGAAGUAUUAUGUGAAAACUUUCCAGAAGAAAUGGCAACGUACCUUCGUUAUGUACGGAGGCUGGAUUUUUUUGAAAAGCCAGACUAUGAUUACCUAAGAAAGCUUUUUACUGACUUGUUUGAUCGCAAAGGAUAUAUGUUUGAUUAUGAAUACGACUGGAUUGGUAAACAGUUGCCUACCCCAGUGGGAGCAGUUCAGCAAGACCCCGCUCUGUCAUCGAAUCGAGAAGCACACCAACACAGAGAUAAGAUGCAGCCGUCUAAAAACCAGUCGGCAGACCACAGGGCAGCUUGGGACUCCCAGCAGGCAAAUCCCCACCAUUUGAGAGCUCACCUUGCAGCAGACAGACAUGGUGGCUCGGUACAGGUUGUAAGUUCUACAAACGGAGAGUUAAACACAGAUGACCCCACGGCAGGGCGAUCAAAUGCGCCCAUCACAGCCCCUACAGAAGUAGAAGUAAUGGAUGAAACCAACUGCCAGAAAGUAUUGAAUAUGUGGUGCUGCUGUUUUUUCAAACGAAGAAAAAGGAAAACCAUACAACGUCACAAAUGACUGGAUGCAGAGAGAUCCUGGGGAGUUACUUACAUGUUCAUAUGCUGUCUCGUGAUUAAAAUCAUCUCUGUAGUGACCACAUAUAUUUUCAAGGACUCACUCUUGAAACAGAAAUGUCAUACUUUCAUAUUUCAUUUUGUGGUUGUCUUACAUUCAUUUCCCCUCCUAAUUUAACUUUAUGGAAGCUUUAAAAUUUUGUCAAAAUGUGAGUGCUUUGCCCAUCAUUGAAUGGAAUGGACCAGUGAAGUGGUAUUGGUGAACACAGUUCCAGAUGACAUUUUUCAGAAGCUCUCUAUUACAGAAAGCAAUACAGGUGUCCAAGUGUCAAUUAAUUGCACAUAAUUUGAUUUUAUGUCUUCUAUAAAAGCAUAAUCAAACAGGAAUUUUCUUUCCAAUGGAUAGUGCAGCAGAGAAAACAGUUGCCCGAAUAUUAAAAACAACUUUCUUGAAAAGUUCCUAUUUUGUAACAUCUGCAUUGAUACCAGUAUGAGUUAUGGUACUGUUAUUCAUAAAUCAUAUUGACAUUCUCUCUGUGAAGUUAAGGUACAGUCUCUGCCCAGAGGUACUGAGGAGAAAGCACUAUGGGAUUGGCAGAUGGUGGUGGUAAAUAACUCAGAAGGAAUGUGGGAAACAGGAGCUUGGCUUCUGCUGUGCCACCGUGUCAAAGGCGGCUGCAGCAGUGGCAGAAGCACUGAUGAUACUUGUGUAAUGUCACUCUAUGCUUCCAGAAGAUAAUGUUGCUAGAGAGUGAAAGACCAGUACUGGAGAAGUAAUGCAUGCUGGAGUGUGAAAGACACGCUAAGGAGAGAAAAUACAGUGUGUAAGGCUAGAGCCCCUUGAAGCCUGCUUCCGGGUGGCCACAUCUCCCAGAAGCAGAAAUCUGAGCAUGUCACAUACAGUGAUGGCUGUUUGUUGUGUAGUUCUUUGAUUAAAGAAAAGAAACCUAUUCCCAGCAAUAAACACUGGGCCACUCUGUCGCCCUCUGUGCAUUCAGCUCUUGUAUUCAGCUCUGCUCGCUCUCUGAACUUGCCUGUCUUGAGCAUAGUGUUGAUGAUGGGAGAAUGUCUGGAGAGGCUGGGCCAGGUGCAUUGCCUCCGUAGCGUUCACAGUGCCUGCAGAUGAACAGUGAGCUGUUCUGUUAUAGUGAGUCCAUUCCACGUUUCAACUGUGCUUUGUUUUAAGCCUUACGGACACAGGCACACUUUUGUCACAUUCUCUUAGCCAGAUUCUCAAAAGUUAAAAAGACUGGCUAGAAAGAUACUGUUGAUCAUGUCACACAUUCAUCUUUCACUUAUGAGAUGUUAUUCUUUCCAUGCAGUCUCUUCUCUGUCGUAAGUGUGAACCUUCAGGUAUGCUUAUUUAUUUUUUUGUCUCAAGGUAACAUUGAAAAUAUGUAUUAAAGGAAAUGAAUCCACUUUUUUUACUUCAUUAUUGAAUUUACAGGUAUUUAAUUGUAUUUUGUAAUUUAUUUUUCUUAUUAGCCAAAAGUUCAAUGUGUUGCUUUUGAUAAAUUGGGCACCCAUAUGGACAUCACAAAUCAGGAUAUUGUUUAUCAUUGCUUCUUUUAAUCCUAUGAGCAGUCUUUUUUUUUUUCUUGAUUUUGAAGACUUACACUCAUCCUAGAAAGCAUUUGCUGUGUAAUUUGAUCAGCAGUUUCCAUUAUAUUUGUAUACAGCCAUGAUGUCUAAACUGCAGGAGUUAAAUACUGAGUUUUUGGUUUUAUUUGCUUUGAGCAAGUUAGCUGGAUGUUUUGGCAAUUUAUAAUGUGAAACCACUUCUUUACAGUAUUUGACCAAAUUUGUGUGUCUAUGAUAUUUGUAAAUACAUGCAAUAUCUGUAUUUCUUAUCAUAAGCCUAUUUAGUUUUAUUCUCAGUAGGGUUUUUUGGACUGUACAGUGUUUAUAUGAUCUGAACUCCUUAUACAUAAGAAGGUGUGUAUAUUAAUCCAAUUAUGGACUUAAAUAUUUUAAAAGUAUGAAUACCCUUAUUUGCUGCAAAGGCCAGUGUGUAGACAUUUGCUUUUUAGCAAUAUUUUUAAGUGCUCCAUUUUAGUGUCAAAGAACAAGUCUUUGGCACACAGACUGGUCAGUAAUAGGUAAUGCAGGUAUGUUCAGGUUAAGCCAACAAUGUUUUGCAUUUUUAUGCUUCUUUUCUGUCAACACUAAUGAAGUCAACAUUGCCUGAAUGUCUGAAUACUGAAACACAGCCCUGUUUAAAAGUAUGUAACUGAAAAAGAUAAAUAAAGGUAGUUUUUUUAAA